CUCGCAAAAAGAUCCGAUGUGUCAAUAAAGCGUCGUCGCGCAUGUGUGCUUCCUUCAACGCCACGUUCCUUUAUCGGCGAUGUGUUAACCGCGUAUUGUCGAUAAUAAUAACAAGCAGUGUUUUCUACGAUCCUCCCAGUGCGUUGAUUUGUGCUGUAUCUCUUCCUUUGUUCAGCUGAGAACAAACGCAUCCAAGUGCAUCGUAUCUUAAUCGGAUGAACAGUUUCGAAUCGUCCUCUUGAUCGCGAGGUGCUUCUUCUUCGGUUAAUCGUAUUCGCGCAGCGCGCGCAUACAAGUGGCAAAAAUUUGCAUUUAUAAAAGUGCAUGAUUAUACCGUCGAUCUAAUUACUAUUGAUUUAUUGUCGUGUUCCUCGUCGGUGCUUCAAUUGAAUCAAUCAACGUUUAUAUUCGUCGUUCACGUUGGGGCGGCAGAUGAGCAUUCGAGCAUAAUCGCUCCUAUCACUCAACGAGUUCGCAACAAAGCGCUCAUAGCGAUGGAAGUAUUGAUGCACGAAGCGAGUAACCGGCAGGACAACGGUGUGGCGAGCGCGCCGAUUUGCACGGUCGACCUUCGAUCCAAGGAAACACAAGAAGACGUUGACGAUGCAUCAUCUCAUGUUACGCGAGACGAAGUUAAAAAAUCAAUCGAUAUCAUUUUUGAAAAUAUUACAUACAACGUGAGCCUUGGUUUUAGGAAAGGGCGGAAAGAGAUCUUGCACGGGAUUAGCGGGAGGCUACCCAGCAAACAGUUGAUCGCUUUGAUGGGCCCAUCUGGCGCAGGAAAGUCUACUUUACUCGACGUUCUGUCUGGUUUUCGUACAACCGGAGUGGACGGCGUCGUAUAUAUCAACGGACGUGUUCGGCAUCUUAAUUCCUUUCGGAAAUGUAGCGCGUACAUCACGCAAGAUGAUCGAUUGGAACCCCUCCUCACUGUGCUUGAGAACAUGAGGGUCGCCGCUGAUUUGAAGCUGCCGUCAAAUACGUCACAAUGCAAGAAGGAAAUGAUUAUCGAAGAUAUUCUUACGACACUUGGCUUGUACGAAUGCAUGUAUACGAGAGCCGGCAGAUUAAGCGGCGGUCAAAAGAAACGGCUGUCUAUCGCAUUGGAAUUAGUUAAUAAUCCCAUGGUGAUGUUUCUUGAUGAACCCACCACAGGUUUAGACAGUUCGUCUUGCAUGCAAGUGGUAAACUUGUUGAAACUGCUGGCGCGACAAGGAAGAACAAUAGUUUGCACCAUCCAUCAACCCAGUGCAUCCUUAUUCCAAUUGUUUGAUCAGGUGUACGUAUUGGCAAAGGGAGACUGUCUGUAUCAAGGCGCAACGAGUAAGUUAUUGCCAUACCUGGAAAGUAUAAAAUUGCCAUGCCCGAUGUAUCACAAUCCCGCAGAUUACAUAAUCGAACUUGCCUGUGGAGAGUAUGGUGAAGAUAAGGUACAUACACUGAUCAACGGAUCGCAAAAUGGAAGAAAUUUGAAAUGGUUCGAUAAUCCAACCGCCUUGAAGGAUGCGAAAAGUCUGAGAGCGGAACAUCCUCUGACAAAUGAAAACAGAUUGGAAAUUAAUAGUGCCUUACACGCAACAAAUCUUUUUCAUCAAAUCCGAAUUCUGUUGAGGAGGGGCUAUAUUAUGUGCAAACGAGAUAUGACUCUGACACAUUUACGGAUUGGAGUUAACAUUAUAGUCGGUAUAAUGCUUGGUUCGGUUUUCCUGCGAUCCGGCGGCGAUGGUUCACGCGUAUUAGACAACUACAAUCUCCUCUUUUCCAUUCUUAUACAUCACAUGAUGACGACGAUGAUGCUCACUAUAGUAACUUUUCCAAUGCAGAUGUCUAUUCUUCUCAAAGAGCACUUUAAUAGAUGGUAUAGCUUAAAAGCAUUUUACACAGCGAUAACGUUGAUCGAUCUGCCGAUUUCGAUAUUGAGCUGCGUACUUUUCUCAUUAAUCAUCUACGUUAUGUCAGCGCAGCCAUUGGAAAUCACUCGAUUCUCUAUGUUUCUCAUCAUUACCCUGCUAAUAAUAUUCAUAGCGCAAGGCAUGGGCCUCAUGAUAGGCGCUGUGUUCAAUGUUGUGAACGGGACUUUUAUGGGGCCAACGAUGGCAGUGCCAAUAAUGAUGUUUGCCGGAUUCGGCGUUUCAUUACGCGAUUUGCCACAAUAUCUUAAGUGGGGCAGUUACCUCAGUUAUUUACGAUAUGGUUUAGAAGGAUAUAUUGGAGCCAUUUACGGCCUUGACAGACCUACUCUGGAUUGUAAGGAGAAAGGCGAAAUGUACUGUCACUAUAAAUACCCCUCCAAAUUUCUUUCGGACAUUGCCAUGAGAGGAGACCAAUUCUGCAACGAUGUUAUUGCUCUCACUAUAAUACUAAUCAUUACACGGUUCUGCGCGUAUUUGCUUCUACGAUGGAAGGUCGCAUCAUGCCGAUAAGAAACCGAAUGUCGGAUGCCGGAUGGACUCUGCCACAAAACAAAAUCUUUUCACAAUUUGAUAAUGCAUUAUAUAUUUAAAUGAUUAAAUGUGAUAUGUGCUUGACCCACAAUUUACAUUAAAAUUAUUCAAAAUCAUUUUUUUUUUAAUAUUACACGCAUCUGUAUUACUAUUAGCCACUCAUAUGUUUAAUAAUUUUCGUUAUUAUUAAAAUUUAUCCAAGUAGGUAUUUAUAUAGUAGAGCGAGAAAGAUUGUGUGUCUCUGUGUGUGCAUGUGUGUGCGUAUGCUAUAAACUUUUUUAGCGUUCAGUAUAUAUUCUUUUUUAUAUGCUUUGAAUAAAUUUGCGAAUGUGGCGAUAGUUGCGUGAAUAAGUAUGCAAGAUUGUAUAUAGUCUAUGUGACAAAUGUAAGUACAUUUGUAUUCAUAUUACAAAAUAUCAUAAAUAUGUAUUUAAUUUUUAUGCUUAAAUGUGAUAAACGUUAUGUAGAAAUGUUGUGAGGAAUAUUUCUACGGAAUAAGCCGUAUGAUAACGUGCGCAUUAUAUCAAUGCAAUAAAUUUUAUUAAGAUAGUGCAUCGAGAGAUAUUCUGUUAAAAAAUAUUUAGAUUAAAUGUACGUAGAGAGAGAUAAAAUAUACGUCUAGCAAUUCUGAUACUUUGAUGAUUUUAAUUUACUCAAGAGCAAAUACAUCAUAGUUAGUUAAUGUCGAGAAGUGAUAAGAACUUUAAGGAACAAUAUAGGGUAAUGAUCAAUGUCACAUUGUACAAGGAUAGAAAAUAUAUUUACAAAUAUUUAACAA